CUAAUAUUAGGUGAAAACCAAGAUGUCUGCGCCCAUGAUGUGGCAUGACAACACUGAGGUAAAUAUGAGAUGAUGUAAAUGCUGGAUAAGACUAUUGCUACAGCUAAACAAGCUUGGACAACAUCAGGAUGAGUUGUGAAGAACAGCAAGAGGAGGAAUUGGAGGUACUACAUUCCAUCUAUGAGGGAGAUGAGUUAUUUAAGGAAGUGAACCCUACAACAUUUCAAUACAAGUAUGGAGAGGAAGGUAGCUACAAGGCGUUUAAUGUCGAAAUUAUUUGGGGGGAUGAUUAUCCUGAGGAAAGUCCGGCCAUCAACCUGGAUACUUUCUACAAUAAACAUAUACUUGAUGAAGUAAAGGACAAAAUACUAUGUGGCCUUAAGGAACAGGUACCAGAUUUACUGGGAUGUGCUAUGUCUUUCACACUGUUUGAAUGGGUUAAGGAAAACUAUGAUGACCUGGUAGCAGAUCAGCCAGAUUCACAGCCUAACAUACAGAGUGAAGACAGGACAGAGUCUAAUGGUAUUAGUAUAGUUGAGACGUCCAAAAAGAAAGAAAAGAAAGAACAACUCACUAAAAACCAAAAACGCAGACUGUAUGAAAAACUGAAUUCCCAAGGAGAUCGUCCGCGGGGCCAUGACUGGGUUGACAUAAUACGUCAUCUCAGUCAAACGGGGGGCGGUGCCAAGGAGUAGCUCAUGGAAGCAUGGUCAAACUGACAAGAUACAACAGCAAGGAUAAUAAGAGAAUGCUUUGGCAAUUUGAUGGAACAAUGGUAUCAAAUACUGUUGUUCACAAUAGCAGACUUGUGGUUCAAAAGUUCAAUUUAAAUUCUAAAUUCUUUCCAUUUCACCUUAAAACAUUAGUAUGAUGUUGAGGCCCGAAAACUUAAUCUGAAUUUUUGCUGAUGACCUUUACUGGUUGUUCUCAUCAAGGUCAUUUGAACCUGUGGUGUCAUUUAUUGCUAAAUACUUUUAUGUUGUCCAAGAUUAUUUGCUCAUUGAAACCUGUGCAAAUGUGUUUUAAAGUGAUGAACUUGUUGGUAAUAUGAGAAGGAAGUGUCAUUUUCAAAGUAAUAUUGUUAAAGUAAACCUGUUGAAGACGUAACAUAAAAUUAAAGGUUUGAUGACCGCGUCAAGGACUGCAUUUCCAGAGUCGAACUGAAAGGUUCCUAAGUCGUAUAAAAUAAUGAAUAAAUUAUUUUUAAUUGAAAUAAAUGUAAUCAUCAGUGGGUAUCUGUAUGUGUCAAACCCCUGUGGUGCAUGUAAUUUACAUUGUUAAUAUUAUUAGUACAUUGAUCCAUCGAUAAGUCCAUGACGGGUAAUAAGCCCGUUGUAUAUAGUGGGAUAUACUAAAGAUACUAAUAGGGGCUGUAUCAUCGUCCUGCAAUAAGCCCAACUUUACCUUUUUUAUUUCCAGAUACAUUACAUACUUUAUACUGUGAUACAGACAUUGAAAGCUAUAAUGCUGAAAUGUCAUGCUACAGUGACUAUUAAUGUGUAUACCUUAGUUUAAUUGCGACAGGUAUCCACAGGCAGUGCAAUUUGGGUUUCACAUUACACGUACUUAUAGAUUUCAGAUUGGCGUAGAUUUUCAAAUUGGUGUAUUACGUAUCAAAAUUAAUUACCUUUAAUAAACUCUUUUUACUUUUCACUGAAGAGUAAAAUGUGUAUGUAAGCAUUUUUAAAAGUACAAAAAUGUAAUCUCUUAAAUCUCAUACAUUUUAAUCACUAAAUUGCAGAGUAGCCCAACCCUACAUUGAGUCAAAGAUUAUGCAUUGACCACUGGGCUUAUUUCAGGAUAAAUGUGGUAUACAUACAAUGUAGUACAAUGUAUAACUCUAAAUCAUACAUUAUUUACAUACUGUUUUGGUUUUUGUAAAAUAACAAACUGGUUUCCAUAAUAAAAUAUCCUUGAAUGGUUUAACAAUGAAAUAAAUUCCUUGAAUCCUAUUUGAAAAUAAAAAUAUGAAUGGCUUUUAAUACAUCCACAUAAAUACAUGUAUGUAUGCUGUAUUUUGUUUUUGGUCUGGAAAUGAAUUUACAAAGUAGUUGAUAUACAUGUACAAUGUAUACAUAUUUAUGUUAUUUUGCUUUCUGUCAAGUAAAUUCACUUAUAAUGAUAUAUUUUUAUAAAGAACAGAAAAAUAGCAAUAAGUCGUUAUUGAAAUUUUAUUUCUGAAAAUGUCUGGUUAACAUGUUCACCAAUACGACUUAGUUCCUGUGUCCUAAAACAGGAACGGCCAGUUUAUGGUGACACAGAGAAUAAUCAGGUCUUGUUAUUAUGUAACAAUAAUAUAAAUAAACACUUGUAUCAUGAUA